AAUUGUUAGCCAAGUAAAGUAGGCAAGCGCUUUGAAUUGUUAGCUUGCUUAUUUUCACACCUACUGUGAACAGCAUACCUGGCCUUAUCAUCUGGAUAAAUAUCACAGAAAACUGCACCCAAUUCUGAGUUGGAAACUCGCGUAAACAUGGACGCUCUCAAGGAAGCGUCACUUGACAAUGACGAAGUGCGCGAAAUCUUAAAGAACACCACAGAUCUACGUCAAUAUUCGCGGCAAAUAGAGAAAGAAUUUAAGGAUGUGGAGAACAGGUCAAUUGAGGACUAUAUUGCCGAAUCGCAGAACAUUGCCAGUCUGCACAAUCAAAUCAACGACUGUGACGAUGUACUGGAACGCAUGGAGAACAUGUUAAUGAGCUUUCAGAGCGUCCUCAACAAUAUCAGCACCGAAAUAACGCAGCUACAGCGAAAAUCGGUGUCCAUGUCGCUGCAACUGACCAACAGGCAAUCGGUGAAGGCCCAGCUGUCGCAGUUCAUCGAGGAUAUGGCCGUUUCAGAGGAGAUGAUCAACAUCAUCAUGGACACGGCGGUGACAGAGCGCGAAUUUAGCACCCAACUGAACGUGCUAAACCACAAGCUGUCGCUGGUUAAGGAGCUAAGUUUCAAGGAAUCCAAAUCGACGAGCGAUGUCAGCGAUGUGUUGCACAAGCUGCGCCUCAAAGCCAUGUCCAAGAUACGCAGCUACCUGCUCGAACAGAUCUACAAAUUCCGCAAGCCCAUGACCAACUACCAGAUACCACAGAACGCCAUGCUGAAGCACAAGUUCUUCUUCGAAUUCAUACUGUCCAACGAGCGGCAUGUGGCCCAGGAGAUAUGCAGCGAAUACAUCGAUACCAUGAGCAAAAUAUACUAUAGUUAUUUUAAAAGCUACUCGACCCGCCUGACAAGCCUCAAGUUUGAGGAAUCCUGCAGCAAGGACGAUCUAAUGGGCAUAGAGGACAAUGCAUCCAAAGGUUUGUUUGCCAAGACCACCAGCCUUAAGCAUAAGAGCACAAUCUUUACCAUUGGCAAACGUGGGGAUAUACUUAAUCAACAGCUGGAAGCGCCCAUUAUAGUGCCCCAUGCGCAGCUCAAGAAUCGCUACACGGUGGAGGCACUUUUCCGCUCCGAGCAAUAUGCUUUGGUUGACAACGCCUGUCGGGAGUAUUUGUUUGUCACUGAAUUCUUUAUGGUGCGUGGCACCCAAGCGCAGGAUUUGUUUAACCAAAUCAUGGGCAAAACAUUGACGUUAAUGAUUAAAAAUCUGGAAACAUCUAUACACGAUUGCUAUGAUACGAUAGCCAUGUUCCUUUGCAUACACCUCAUCUUUCGCUAUCAACUCAUGUGCCACAAGCGCUGCGUGCCUGCGCUGGAUAAAUACUGGGACUCUUUGCAGUCGGCUAUUUGGCCGCGUUUGGAGCAUGUAUUUCGUCUAAACAUUCAGAGCAUACACGAUUGUGAUCCGACCAAGUUCAGCAAGGAAAUGGGUCCGCAUUAUAUAACGCGUCGCUAUGCUGAAUUUAGUGCCGCCAUUGUUGGCAUCUCGGAGCAGUUUCCCAAUGAGCUGGUCAGCCGCCUGCUGUUGGAGCUGCAAAACGAAGUGGAAUGCUUUAUAUUGCGCAUGGCGGCCAUUUUCGCUACACGCAAGGAUCAGCUCAUUUAUCUGAUCAACAACUAUGAUCUUGUGCUGGGCGUGCUCAUGGAGCACACACGCGACAACUCCAAAGAGGCUGAGGCAUUCCGUGAGCAGCUGAAUGCGCGCAGCGCUGAGUAUGUGGAUGAGAUCUUGGCGCCGCACUUCGGGGGCAUUAUACAAUUUGUCAAGGAGUGCGAGCAGUACUUUGAAAAGGAUCAAUCGGAUGAGCUGCGCAAACAGGAGCGACGCAGUCUGGCGCUAGUGGCCAGCUUCUCUGCUAACUGGAAGAAAUCUCUGGAGGAACUUAAUCGCGAGGUGCUUUUAUCGUUCCCAUCGCUGUUGACCGGAUCACAGCUGCUGCAACUGGCUUUGGCCAGUCUGGUGCAAUAUUAUCAUCGUUUCCACAAGCUAUUGACGCCGAAUGCGCGCGCCCAGCUGACCAAUAUACAUGUGGUCAUGGUCGAGAUCAAGAAGUACAAGAGCAACUACUGAAGUGGACAUUUCAAAG